UUCUAUUUGCAUUUUUACCUGCUUUUCAACUGCUAGGUUGGCAGAAACUGGGAUAAGCUCACUCAGUUACGCGGCUCUCGGGAUACGAUAAUAGAUAACAGGACAAAUAAACCAACUGUGAAGGAAUCUCCAAAGCAUGUAUUGGUUAGGCUUUCCCUGCCCUCUUUCCUUUUCCCACAUUGGAAGCAUCACCCAUUUCGUCCCCCUGGCCUUCUUCCGCCUAUUCCAGGAACACAUUCCACAUUUUGAAGAGGAUUGCGGGAGUGUCCAGAACGAGAAAUCAAACCAAGUUUCAUUCCAAGCAGCUUUGCUCAUUUCAGCCCCGCUCAAUCUCCGCCGUAGACAUCAUUGCCGGCCUUCUAGGCCUUUUCCACCCGCGCACACCUCCCGCUCCCAACAUAAUUCCGCUGCAACGGAGUUCGGGAGACCUUUAACUGUCAACAUGGAACAAGACAUGCGCAGAGCACCUUUGCCAACCCUUGAAGCCGAGCAGAGGACCGGAAAGGCCGUAGUUGCUUUAGGAGACACUCUAGGGAGGAGCAAUAAACAAGGGAGAUUUGCCCUUCUAGGAUGAAGACGUAUCUGGGAGGACAGGGGAAACCUGUGGAGGGGUCGAUUUGCAGCUGCUCUUCUCAAUAUCAGAAGCCCGGAGAGAGGGGGCCCCGCCCCUUCCUAUCCUCCCUGAAGCCGGGAAAGGGGCGGGGCUAGUGGGCGGGGGAGGGUCGGCCGUUUCUCUCUGUCGGGGCUGCGCUGAAACCGGAGACCGAAUGGAGGCCCGGGGGUCUCCCCUUCAGGCGGGGAGCGGCCUCUCCGAGGGCCCCCGCAGCUCCGAGGCUGAGCGCUGGCGCUUCCGCAGCAGCGGCACCCGGGAGGCCGAGGGGCCGCGGGCGCUUUGCAGCCGCCUGCACCGGCUGUGCCGGGGUUGGCUGCGCCCCGAGCGGAGCACCAAAGCCGAGAUGGUGGACCUGGUGGUGCUGGAGCAGCUGCUGGCUCUGCUGCCCCCGGAGCUGGCGGGCUGGCUGAGGGAGUGCGGGGCGGAGAGCUGCGCCCAGGCGGUGGCCCUGGCCGAAGGCUGCCUGCUCGGCCCCGCAGCCGCCCCGGAGCCCGCAAAAGAGCGAAAGUUGCAGGAGCCAUUCAUUGGGGAGAUCUCAGCAGAGCUCCAGGGAAGAGGAGAUCCAUCCAAUGAUUCUGAAGAGAUUCUUUUCAGGAGGAUCCAACUGGGGACACCUUGCCACUUAAAUGACUCUGAUCCCUUUGAGGAGGUGGCUGUGGACUUUACAGAGGAGGAGUGGGCACUGCUGGAUUCUGGCCAGAAAGCCUUAUGCAGGGAAGUCAUGCUGGAGGUUUCUAUGAAUUUGGCCACUCUGGCAGGUGAUGGUGAUGAUCUGAGGAAUGAGAAUGAAAAGCAGCCACCAUUAUUUACACUGCAAAAUGCACUAUCUGCAAAGAGUCAUUCCUUCUCUUUUGCAUUACCUAACAUACCGCAUUGGAAACCACACACGUUUUCAGAAUAUGAGGGGGAUUUCAAUCUAAGCAAAAUGAUGAAACUAUGCAUGAACUGUGGAAAGAGCUUCAUUAGCAUGAGUAAUCUUAAUUGCCAUCAGAAUAUCUACAUAGGUGAGAGGCUAUGUAAAUGUCCAGAAUGUGAAAAAAGCUUUUGUCAGAAAACAGAGAUGAUUUGUCCUAAAAAGAUCCACACAGGGCUCAGACCAUAUAAUUCCCUGGAAUGUGGAAAGAGCUUUUUUGAGAACAGUGAUCUUAUUCGACAUCAAAGGAUCCAUACAGUGGACAAACCGUAUAAAUGCCUGGAGUGUGGAAAGAGCUUUGCUCAUAAAGGAAAACUUAAUUUUCAUAAAAAGAUCCACACUGGGGAGAGACCAUAUAAAUGCAUGGAGUGUGGAAAGAGCUUUAUUGACAACUGGCACCUUACUUUCCACCAAAGGAUGCACACGGGAGAAAGACCAUAUAAAUGUUUGGAGUGUGGGAAAAGCUUUAACUGGAGCAAAGAUCUUAUUCGUCAUGAAAGGAUCCACACUGGGGAGAGACCGUAUAAAUGCUUGGUGUGUGGAAAGAGUUUUGCUCAGAAAGGAUGUCUUACUGGUCAUGAAAGGAUCCACACGGGAGAGAAACCAUAUAAGUGCACAGAGUGUGGGAAAAGCUUUGCUCAAACAGUACAACUUAAUGCUCAUAAAAGAAUGCACACGGGGGAGAGACCAUAUAAAUGCUUAGUAUGUGGAAAGAGCUUUAAUUGGAGCAGAGGUCUAAUACAUCAUGAAAGGAUCCACACUGGGGAGAGACCAUAUAAAUGUACGGAGUGUGGAAAAAGCUUUGCUCAAACAGCGCAUCUUAAUUCUCAUAAAAGGAUCCACACAGGAGAGAGACCAUAUAAGUGCUUGGUGUGUGGUAAGAGUUUUGCUCGGAAAGGAUGUCUUGCUGGUCAUGAAACAAUUCACACAGGGGACAAACCAUACAAAUGCACGGAGUGUGGAAAGAGCUUUGCUCGGACAGGACAUCUUUAUUCUCACAAAAGGACCCACUCAGUAGAGAAACCAUAUAAAUGCUUGGUAUGUGGAAAAAGCUUUAACUGGAACAGAGAUCUUACUCGUCAUGAAAGAAUCCACACUGUGGAGAGACCAUUCAAGUGCAUGGAGUGUGGAAAGCAAUUCAGUCAGAAUAGGGCUCUUAUCAAUCACGAAAGAAUCCAUACAGGAGACAGACCAUAUAAAUGCACACAGUGUGGAAGAAGCUUUGCUCAAAUAGGGGCACUUAAUUCCCAUAAAAGGAUCCACAUGGAGGCGGGACCAUAUAAAUGCAUAAACCGGGAGAGGGGCGUGGCAAGUGGGCAGGGGAGAGUCGGCCGUAACAGAAGGCGGCGGCCUCGGAGGGAGUGUAAUCCCUAUCGGGGCUGCGCUGAAGCCGGAGAUAGAAUGGAGGCCUGGGGGUCUCCCCUUCAGGCGGGGAGCGGCCUCUCCGAGGGCCCCCGCAGCUCCGAGGCUGAGCGCUGGCGCUUUCGCAGCUGCGGCACCCGGGAGGCCGAGGGGCCGCGGGCGCUUUGCAGCCGCCUGCACAGGCUGUGCCGGGGGUGGUUGCGGCCCGAGCGGAGCAGCAAAGCUGAGAUGCUGGACCUGGUGGUGCUGGAACAGUUGCUGGCCCUGCUGCCCCCGGAGCUGGCGGGCUGGCUGAGGGAGUGCGGGGCUGAGAGCUGCGCCCAGGCCGUGGCCCUGGCCGAAGGCUGCCUCCUCGGCCCCGGAGCCGUCCCAGAACCCGGAAAGGAGCGGCAGUUGCAGGAGCCAUUCAUGGGGGAGAUCUCAGCAGAGCUCCAGGAAACAGGAGAUCAAUCCAAUCCUUCUAAAGAGCUUUUUUUCAGAAGGAUACAACUGGGGCCACCUUGCCAGAGUUCUGCUCCCUUUGAGGAGGUGGCUGUGGACUUUACAGAAGAGGAGUGGGCACUGUUGGAUUCUGGCCAGAAGGCUUUAUGCAGGGAAGUCAUGCUGGAGGUUUCUAAGAAUAUGGCCAUUCUGGGCAAUGGGCUGGAGAAUGAGAAAGACAAGCAGCCAAGAUUAAUGCCAAUGCAAACAGCAAAAUAUGAAAUGGAAGAAAUGAUGUUUGGCCAUCAAAGGGAUCCACAAAUGCAAGUGAGAAGCCCCCCAGAAGAUGGAGAGAUCUCUUCCAUUUCCCUCCCUUUUGAAAUCCAUGGCUUCCUUACCCAGCAAGGUCACAAAGGGAAGAGAAAAGGAAAAUAUGGCAAAAGAGAGCAAAGUGAAUUUGAUGUAGGGGAAUAUGACAGAGGUCAGAGCACAGGAAAAGAGUAUGUCACCAAACAGUAUGUCAAUCAGUUUUUCUCUGUUGCUUUACAUACAAAACUCUAUGGGAAACACAAAGCACAUACCUUUGUAAAAUUUGGGAGGGAUUUCGUUUUGGGCAGAAAGAUAAAACUCUGCAUGAGGUGUGGAAAGAGCUUCAGUAGCAAAAGUAAUCUCAAUCGCCAUCAGAAGGUCCACACCGGUGAUAAACCAUAUAAAUGCAUGGAGUGCGGAAAGCAGUUCAGUCAGAAAGGACAUCUUACUCAUCAUAGAAGGAUUCACACAGGGGAGAAACCAUAUAUAUGCACAGAAUGCGGAAAGAGCUUUGCACAGAAAGGACAACUUAGUUCUCAUAGAAGGAUCCACACAGGCGAGAGACUAUACAAAUGUGUAGAAUGUGGAAAGAGGUUUAUUGAGAACAGAGACCUUACUUGCCAUGAAAGGAUCAAUACAGAGCGGAGUCAAUAUAGGUGCCUGGAGUGUGAAAAAAGCUUUACUGAAAACUUUACCCAUCAUGAAAGGAGCCACCCUGUAGAGACUCCCUACAAGUGCAUGUCAUGUGGAAAAGGAUUUACUCAGAAAGGACAUCUUACUCGUCAUGAACGAAUCCAUACAGGGGAAAGACCAUAUAAAUGCAGAGAAUGUGGAAAGAGCUUUGCUGAAGAAGGACGACUUAAUUCUCAUAAAAGGAUUCACACAGGUGAAAGACCAUACAAAUGCAUGGAGUGUGAAAAGAGCUUCACUCAGAAAGAACAUCUUACUUGUCAUGAAAGGGUCCACACAGGGGAGAAACCUUAUAAGUGCACAGUAUGUGGAAAGGGUUUCAGUAGAAACUCUUAUCUGAACCGUCAUCAGAGGAUCCACACAGGUGAAAAACCAUAUGGUUGCAGAGAAUGUGGGAAAAGAUUCAUUGAGAAUAGAGAGCUAACUUCCCAUCAAAGGAUCCACACAGGAAACAGACCAUAUAAAUGUCUAGAGUGUGGAAAAAGCUUUUUUGGCAACAAAGAUCUUAUUCGUCACCAAAUGAUUCACAUCGGGGAUAAGCCAUUUAAAUGUCUGGAGUGCGGAAAGAGCUUUACUGAGAAAGGAAAACUUAUUUCUCAUAAAAGUAUCCAUUCAGGAGAGAGGCCAUAUAAAUGCCUGGAGUGUGGAAAGAGCUUUACUCAGAAAGGAAAACUGAAUUCUCAUAAAAGGAUCCACACGGGGGAGGGACCAUAUAAAUAUAUGGAGUAUGAAGACAGCUUUAUGGACAACAAAGACCUUAAUUGCCACCAAAGGAUCUACACAGGAGAGAGUCCUUAUAAAUGCAGUGAGGAUGAAAACAACUUUUUAAUGACUGCAGGGCCUUUAUUUGUCAUGAAGACAUCCACAGAGGAGGAAAUUAUAAAUGCAUGGAAUGUGGAAUAAACUUCAUUGAGAAUACAGGUAUUCUUCAACUUACGACAAUUGAGCCCAAAAUUUCUGCUGCUAAGUGAGACAUUUGAGUUUUGCCCCAUUUUACAAUCUGU